AUGCAUUUCGUCCCCGAGAUGCCGGGGCUGAGCCCUGAAAUUGAACAAAUGAGGGAACUGUACCGCAAUGGUCUUCUGAAUUCUCUCAACAUGGGCUCACGGGCGCCGUGCAACCUGCAGCAGAAUCCGACAGCCGGUGCCUUUGGCCCUGCGGGCCAAUACACACAGCUACAUUAUAUGGAGGGCUUCUUACCGACUUCAAAAGCAUCUUAUAACAUCUCAAUAUCGGGCAAAACCCGCUUCGAGAGCUUUGCACAUGUUGCAGUUAUUGGCACUGGCCUCCGACUCCCCGGCGGAGUGACCAAUUCAAAUCGCUUCGAUCAAGAAGACCUGGAAUCCUGGAAAAAGACCGGGGUGGAAGGUGCAUAUUUCCUCACGGGAGAUAUUGCCCGCUUCAACGCGGCCAUGUUCAGAAUUUCGCCCGAGGAGGCCCAGGCGAUGGACCCUCGUCUACUUCAAGUUGUAUCCAAAGUCUAG